AGGCCCAGGUGUUGUGCUGGUGCAGGAUCAAGUGAGAAGUCAGGAGAGCUCCAGACACUGGGGUACCAUCCUGCUGUCUCUCAGUCCUGAUCAGAAUUGAUAACUGUGCUCAGAAGGCACCAUCAAAGCCCUCAAGGCUGGAAGUGCCCUGCCUGCAGCAAGGAGCAGGACCUGGAAGAUCUUCUAUCCCUGGUAUUGGAUUGCCUAAAAGAGCAACUCACCAUCUGGUGACUGUGAGAUACCCGUUCUCAAGAAGAUUUCUUUCAAAUAUUUUGUUUUAAAAAAUAUCCUCCUGUAAGGAUUAACAACCUAAUGGUUUAGAAACAGAAACCAGAGAUGAACUAAUAAGUGCUCUAUUCUAGCAUGCAUAGUAGAGCACUUACAUUCAGUAACAGACACAGAGCUGAUGCACUCUGGGGGAAAAUGCAUCACCUGCCUGAUGGCAGGGCCCCUGUGGAUCCUGCAGGUCUUAGGCAGGAAAUGGAAAAGAAUGAAAUGCAUUCAUUUCCUGUUCUUUAGACACCCAUUGCUCACCCUAGGCUUUGAACUAAAGCAGUUCAGCGUGGACAUUUGGGAUUUGCUCCAGCCCAAUUCCUUUGUGUUGGGUCUCAGUUUUCUCUUGCACACCUUGCAUGGCAGAGGGCUGGUGGCUGCUGCGCUGUUGUUGGAAGGGUCGAUGCACCCAGGUGUUUGUGAACGCUGCAGGCAGCAGAGAUCUCCUGUCUGGGCUGGCUUUCACUGCCAGGGCCUAAAGCGCUGCCUCUUUCUUCUCUGCUGUUUUGUCUCCAGGGCUUUCGGAACCGUUUCUAAAGGACUCAACAGGGCCACAGGAGGAGAGGUCGGUGUCAACGCGCCCAGCACGUCUGGCAGCUCUCCAGGGCUUUCCCCUCUGCUGGGAGCUGUGGCUGCAGCUUUGGGGGCCAGCAGAGCUUCUCUGCACAGGCUGCUCCUCUGAAGGCAGAGCAGUGUCAGCCUGCAGAGCACAGCUGGGACAGACUUGGUCCUUCUGAAGUGCCCAAAGGAAUGCAAGGAGGGCAGCGGUGUCUGUCAGAGCAGGACACGCUGGCUUGGUCUUCAUGUGUGAAUGCAUCAGGUGCUGGAGACUGAGGCCCAAUUUAUCUUCACCCCAGCCUCAGACAGGAACACUAUUUAGCAGAACCAGAAUUACCUCCUGCUUGCAAAAUGUGUUUGAAUAAUAAUAAGAGUAUUGAGGCCAUUUGAGAAGACUGUAGGUGAAGAGAAUGUUGUUAGAGCUUGGAGGCUGACAGCUGAGGGGCCAUUUCUGCAGAGCUUGCAAGGCCAAAUGUCUCUGGCCAUGUGUCCUGUCAGCAGCCCCCAGCUAGCAGAGCAAUGGGCUGUGGGAAUGGCACUUGCUGAGCUCUGGUGUCCCAUCCCAAGGCAGUUCGGCACAGCCCGGCUCCGUCGCUCCAAAAAGACUCGCUCCGUGUUUGCUGCAGCCUCCUGCCACAGACUCCUCCAGUUAAAGGUCUGCAAUGUCCCUUCAGGCGGCCAUAAAGAAAAUGAGUCUCAGAGGGCAGAACAGGGAACGAGCUGUGAAUGAGCUCCUGCUCCUGAAGGACAAGAAGAACCCCAACAUUGUCAACUCUUUGGACAGCUUCCUUGUUGAUGGAGAUCUCUGGCUGGUUAUGGAAUACAUGGAUGGAGGAACUUUGCAGGACGUUCUCAGACAGACACACAUGGCUGAAGGAGAGAUGGUAGCUGUCAAUCAGGAGUGUCUGCAGGGCCUGGAUUUCCUCCAUGGGAACCCGGUGAUCCACAGAGAUCUGAAGAGCUCCAACAUCCUUCUGGGAAUGGAUGGCUCUGUCAAGCUGGCUGAUUUUGGCCUCUACGCUCAGCUCAGCCCUGAGCAGGACCAGCGCAGGUCCAUGGUGGGCACUGCUCACUGGAUGGCCCCAGAAGUUGUCACCAGUUCUCCUUAUGGCCCCAAGGUGGACAUCUGGUCCUUUGGCAUUGUGACCAUCGAGAUGGUGGAAGGAGAACCUCCUUACUUCAAGGAAACGAGGGCCAUGGCCCGUGCUCUGAUCCAGCAGAACGGGACCCCGCAGCUGCAGGAGCCCAGGCGCCUGUUGGCUCUGCUGUGGGACUUCCUCGAGUGCAGUCUGGAGCCGGACGAGGAGCGGCGCUGGUCUGCCCAGGAGCUGCUGCAGCACCCAUUUUUAUCAUCAGCCAAGCCUCUCUCCAGCCUGACCCCUCUGAUCACCGCAGCAAAGCAACUGAGGGAGCAGCGGAGGAGAUGAAGCAGUGGAGGACAGCUUUUAGUUACAGGAAUUAGUUAGGACAACUAGUUAGUUAUGGUAGUGCUAGUUAUGGUUAUGGUAGUUAGGACAGCCUGUUUGUUAUGGCUCUUAUGACAGCCUGUUUGGUAUGGCAGUUUUUUUGAAUAAAAACUCUCUUAAAACUCAA